AUGAAUUUAUUUGAGUUAGUAUUAGAUUCCAAUUUUCAAAAUGUACAGUACGAAGAGAAAAAUUCACAGACAAUUAUGCCAUUGUAUGCUAUUGCUUGUUCAUUUUCUUUGCAAGAAUUGAAUUCAAACUUUAUAAUUUUAAUGCAACAAACAAGUAUUAGUAUGAUAAAUUAUCAACCCCCGCCAGUUCCUAAUAGGUCGAUUUACUCUUCACCUCACAGAAGACAAUCAAUAUAA